AUGGCCAGGCCGUGGAGGAGGCCCGGUGGGGCUUUCUGGACCGAGGGCCUGGCCUGGCACACGAGAGGACAGGUUUCUCAGUGGCGCCGUGCCAAGGGGUCCCAGGCCCAGGGCUGGUCCCUCACAGCUCCAGGUGAACCGCAGCUGAAAGGCAUCGUCACCAGGCUCUUCUGCAGGCAUGGCUAUUACCUCCAGGUGCACCCGGACGGCAGGAUUGACGGCGUGAGAGAGGAUGCCAACGGUUUUGCUCUCUUCAACCUGAUCCCGGUGGGGCUCCGCGUGGUCGCCAUCCAGAGCACGAAGUCGGGGCAGUACGUGGCCAUGAACGCCGAAGGCUACCUCUAUACCUCCGCUCACUUCACCGCUGAGUGCCGUUUCAAGGAGUGUGUCUUUGAAAACUAUUAUGUGAUGUAUUCUUCCACCCUGUACCGGCAGCGGGAAUCAGGACGGUCAUGGUAUUUGGGCAUCAACAAAGACGGGCAGGUGAUGAAGGGAAACCGAGUCAAGAAGACCAAAGCCGCCGCCCACUUCCUCCCCAAACUGCUGGAAGUGGCUUUGUAUCGUGAGCCGUCGCUGCACAACGUCGUUGAGUCAGUCCUGUCCAAGAAAGCAGAGGAGGAAGAUACGGCUGCUCCCCCCAUCAAAGAGAUAUCCAAGGCUGAAGCCACGUAGCCCUGAGGAUGGGGGGUGCGUCCUCUUCCUCCGCCCCCCCUCCUCUCCUCUCGUGUGCAUCCCAGGCACACACACCCCCC